UGAGCAUGUCGACUGAAAGAGGGGUGCCAACCCCGCUCUGCCAGGGCUUUCUGAAGAAACGUAAAGACAAACUGAAGCUUCGGUGGGUGACUUACUGGUUCAGACUUUACAACACAACGCUUUUUUUCUACACUAAGAAACAUGGGAGUGCUUUAGACCUCAGAGGACAUUAUUACAUAUAUGAGGUUCAGUCUGUGCGUGAGGUGAGCGGACCGGAGAACAAACGCUAUCUUUUUGAGAUCACCAUGAAAAACGGGAAGAAGAAAAUGCUGGCUGCAGAUUCAGCUAAUGUCAGACAGGUGUGGAUGAACCAGCUGUGGAAAGCCAUGCUGCUCAACGGACCUGACAGAACUAGACGUGUCACUAAUGGGGAGCAGGUGUCACCUGCAUCUCGGUCUAGCCUCUGUGAAAGCUCAUAUACUGAGACCAGCAGUACUGCAAUGGACAGUCGAUGCCUCUCUUUUGAUCAAGAGUCAUUCCAGUCCUUUGCUGGUGCUGAUGACACACAAAGUCCGCAAACAAACAGUAAAAUGGAGCAGAGUUCAGAGGAGGAUGUACUGCCAGACUUUGCCUGUGAUAUUCUUCCACCAUCAAAAUCCACUGAAGAAGCUGUCUAUGACACCCCCCCUUCCAAAUGGCCAGCCAGUGAGGGUGAGCAUGUGGUAACUGAUAGCAUCUAUGAUGUGCCAAACUCCAUAAUUAGAAAAAUGACUGAUCAUACAAUUGAAUUUCACAGCAGUAGUGGGAGGCCUGAGAGUGGUGGUCUUUUGAGUGACAUGAUAGCCUGUUUGGGCAGUGAAUCUGCUACCUGGGUCAAAACUGCUCCACUGUGAACCAUUUGUGAUCCUCAAUGACAUGAGUCACUUUGAGCAAGAUUAAGAUAAGUUUUUUAUUAUUUUGUUUUCUGUUUUGCAUCCACACUGUCAUCACUUAUGUUGAACAAUGGACAAAUAUGUUCAUUGUGCAGUGUUUAAUAAAUAAUAGGGAGUGGUGGUGGUGUAGUGGGCUAAAGCACAUAACUGUCAAUCAUAAGGUCCAUGAUUCGAUCCCCACAGCCACCACCAUUGUGUCCUUGAGCAAGGCACUUAACUCCAGGUUGCUCUGGGGGGAUUGUCCCUGUAAUAAGUGCACUGUAAGUCGCUUUGGAUAAAAGUGUCUGCCAAAUGCAUAAAUGUAAAUAAUAAAAAAAGCUGUUCUGUAUCUUCUAAACUAAAUAGGGAAGUGUCAAUGUCAGUUUUCCUCGGUCCUAUAUACUCAUUGUAAAUACAUUUUUGAAAAUCAAUGAACGUUUCAAAAUUAUGACAGAUGACAAAACUAUACACCGAUUAUUCAUGGUCUAGUGACCAUUUGGAAGCAGAAGAAUUGUUCUGCCCCAUUUUAACCACUUCCUGUGAUAAAUAAAGGGGCCAAAAAAGCAAGGGAGAUCCAAAUGACAGUUGGUUUUCUCAUUUAAUUUGCAUGUUCGGGAAACAGAAAAUCUGGAGAAAGCUAUUGAUCAUUUGAAGGUAGCUUACACCCGUUUUGUAGAUGAUGCCUUUGUCGCUCAACAACUUGCAUGACUGCUUUAUGUUUUA